GAGUCUGGUAGGAGGCAUUUGCACAGUAGUCUCUUCCCUGUUGCUGGUCACACAGGAGUAGCUGAGAAGUAUGUGCUGCACUUUGUGAUGAGGUGUUUUACUGUGGUUCCAUGGUAAAGGUUUGUACAGUGAGGUUGCUACUGGCUGGUGAGUCCCUGGCUGACAAGAUGGCGGUGUUUUUCAGGGUAAUGGUCCUAGUGGCUGCUUUGUCCACUGAAGUCUGUGCACAGCAAAGCCCUAACUCAGAUUUUAUAGUAUCCAGCUGCAGGAAGUCUCUGAUACAGUUUCAUCUGCCUGCUCAGGAUGUUGUCGGGAAAUCUGUGCAGUUUUCAGCUAUAGAUAAGUACGGAAGAGCCUUUCUUAUCACCAGAGCUUUGGCUUCACAGUGUGGCUAUACAAUUUCCCAAGAUGGCUGGGGUAACAUUGAUUUCAGGACUUCUCUGUUUAGCUGUUACACUGAAAUUAGGAAUGAUACCCAUUAUGAAGUGACUGUGAAGAUUGAGAUUGCAUCCAAGCCUGACAUGAGUGGUGCAGAAGGCUACAUAAAGGUGGUCAGCUGUCCUUACGUGUGGCAUCCCCGGGAAAUACUUUGUGAAACAAACUACAUGGAGGUAUCAGUCAGGAGGAAGAUUCCAGUGAUAUCAGAAGGAGUGUUUCGAGAUGAGCCUGAGGACUGGUCAUCUGCAAUUCCCCAGGCUGUCAGUGGACUCAUGUCUAUCUGGCAAGUUGUGUUCCAUCUGACUGCAAAUCAGAAAACAACGAUGAUGAUUGAUGGGGCGCAGAAUAUUGGAUAUGGUAUUAAUACAACAGAAUCCAGGACUCUGCUGAGAUCUCCCUACAAUUCCAGUGAAUCUGUCUUUCAAAAGGUUGGUGGAGUGACCUUCUCAACUAUAAGAGCCACACUAUUCUAUAAACAACGCUGGUUUAUCUUCUUGGUUGACAAUGCAGUAGCCUGCCCAGUUGAUGAUGUGACCUAUACAAGAAGCUGGAUCACAUGGACAAUCCCAAAGAACAUUUCUCCAUUGCUCAUUGGUGCAAAGAUAACCCAGAGCAGCCAAAUUCAGUUUGGUGUUAACCUUUGGAAUCUAACAGAUGGGGAAAUACACUCCAGGAGGUAUAAUAUUACAGACAGCAGCAAGGCCACUGUAGUGACCAUCCCUGUGGGUGCUGAAGGAGGAUAUUAUAAGAGUCAUGUUGUAAAUAAGGAAUAUGGAAUAACCUACAGUAUCAAUCCAUUCCUUGAAAAUCUCUGGGUGGAUGAUGCCUGGGGUAUAACAAAGUACACGAUUGUUAAACAAAUGACAACGCCCUUCGACCGUCGCCCUCCCAUUAUAACAAAUGACACCAUACCAGUAACUUCAAUAUUUAAUGUCACAAUUGGACCCUUUCUUCCGGACGUUCAGCUGGUGAACCUCACCAUUGGUGGUGUACAACAGACCAUUAAUGUCAGCUACCCUAUUUCUACAAAACACCAUCCAAACAUGAGUUCUGACUUUGUUCUUAAAGUGCCCUUCCUGGAUCCGCAUGUGUCAAAGGAGUUUUUCCCGGAUGGCAUACGGUUAACCUUGAAUGUUGUCUUUGGAUUCAAGAUUCAUCCUUAUGAUGAGACCUUCACUUCCUCUGCUACAAUUGUCAGUUUUAUCCCCCAGCCUACUGUUGGACCCUGUGGAAUGAAUGGUCUUUCACUGACAGCCGCAAUUGGAAAUUUGAGCCCAGACUGGAACAUCUAUAUUGAAGAGCAACAAUUAACCUUAAGCAAUGGAUUGACUGCCAAUAAAACGCAUACUAUGGUCCAAGUGCCUGCGUCAUCUGAACAGAUCAUGCAUGAGGUGGUUAGUGGGGGCCAUGUGGUAACCAUGCCAUUAACCAUAAAAGAUCAGAAUGGAGCCACACUGUAUAAGUUUGUUCUUUCCUGUGAUGUACCAAUAAAUCCAGUUGCUUGUUUUCCAAAUGGGACUAUAGAGGUUACAGUAAAGAAAGUAAGCAACAUACCGGAUAUGGAUAUGUCUCUAUUGACCCUGAGAGACCCCCAAUGUGCUCCGGAUUACUUCAGCAACAACAUGGCGCAUUUCACCUUUGCUGCAAACUCCUGUAAAACUACAAGACAGUUUGAACAAGAUAUGAUGAUCUAUGAGAAUGAAGUAUACUACUACAGUAGAACAUCUGGGAAACUCCUUUAUGUAAUGAAUGUUACAUGUGACUACACAAUUAAUGGAACCUUGGUCUUAAGCUAUGGUUAUGAUGACAACCCAACACCCAGUGCCCAGACUGCAAUAGCUUCCAUCGAUUUGACUCUGAGACUAAGCAAAGACAGUACCUACACUACAUUCUAUGGAGAGGUUGAUUAUCCAGUUGUAAAGUACUUGAGGGAUUCCCUUUACUUUGAAGUUGAGCUCCUAUACAGCUCUGAUCCACGAUUGGAGCUGUUCUUGGACACCUGCUGGGCUACAACCACGUCUGAUAUGAGCAGCCUUCCUGCAUGGCCCAUUAUUGACAACAGCUGUGAACACAAUGAGCCCUACCAGACCAACUUCUACAAAGUGACUGCAGACUCCAGAGUUCAGUUUCCAUCCCACUUCAAGAGAUUUGAAGUCAAAACAUUUACAUUUAUGAAUGGUAACCAACCUUACAUGGGAGAGAUCUAUUUCCAUUGUAAUGUGAUUAUUUGUGAUGCUUCCAACUUGUCCUCUGACUCAGUCUGCACAGGAAUUGGAUCUUGUAUACCUACCAAGCAGAGAUCAGGGCGUAGUAUAAAACCCAGUGAUGCGCACAGAUCGGUCUCCACCUCCAGAGCAGUCUUCCUUCUGACGUGAAAGGUCGUCUGACACCAUGCACUCUUGGAACAAUCAUCCUCAACUACUAAAUAUGUAUUUUUAAGCACUUUUUUUGGUAAUAAAAAGAGGAUAUAAUG